AUGGCCUUCAAUUUCUUGGCCCUGCCGCCUGAGAUUCGGGUAAAGAUCUAUCAGGUACUGCUCGUCAAUCCUCCGGGCAUCUAUCUUGAGCCUCAUUGGCCUGCCGUCACGCCUGCCGAGGAUGAGGCCACGCGCAGACGGGCACUUAGACCCUACAUACCCUCGCAGCGCAUCACGGGCACCUCUUCAUCUCUGCACAUGGUGGACCUCCCAAUCCUUCCUGUGGUUGGCUGCUAUAAUUCCGAGUACUGGUGCCCUGCCAUCUUGAGGGCGAACAAGCAGAUUUAUAGAGAGUCCGUCCACGUUCUGUAUUGGGACAAUUCCUUCAGCGUCGAUGAGCUCUUCCCAGCCGGAGAACUGACCACGCAGAUGUACGAGCUGGGUGAAGAUAUACAAGAUUUGGAUCUUCCCCUCUUGCCGCCCGCCUCCAUCAUCUCAUGUGGCGUGGUGCCGGUUCUUUUGGGCUUCCUACGGGGGAUCGGUCGAACCAACGCCCAGUUUGUCAGGUGCAUAUCCAUGCCUGCGCCUCUCCUACCUAUACGACUGUCGCCGGCAUUUCUCGGCGGAUUAGAGCCGGGUCUAUGUAAUUUCCUGGAAGAGCUGUUGUACUACCGCAACCCCGCUCAAGAAAGGGCCGCACGGCAGCUCGGGUACCAGAAUGACUACAUGAGAAUGGUUUCAGUUCUGGCUCCGAACCUCGAUUGGCUAGAGCUGACCAUCAGCGACCCGUUCUCGGCAUUCUUCUACGACCCCGUCCAUCUCGAAGCCCUGACAGCCAUGCUGCAGCUCAUACCCAGUCUCAGGAACACCAGCUUUCUCAUCUACAAGCAGGCUGGCAGCAGGACACACGACCGGGUCAUUCGGGACUUCACUGAGCGCGGAUGGCCGGUUGACUUUGGCUGUGUCCUCUGCAGGUGUGGGCAGCACGACCCGACGAAAAACUCCGUGCAGCCCGAAGAUGAAGACCUGGUGGGCUGUGACGACUUUUGCUUCCAUUUCGUCGAUGAGGAGGAAGAGAAGAAGAAGAAAAAGAAAAAGAGGCGGUCGCGAACCUUUGGCAAGGUCAGGCGACGUAAGAGAACAGCAAGACAGGGCUGA